AUGGAGGAAGUAUCAAGACAUAAUCUGGCGCACGAUUGCUGGAUAGUCGUAGACGGCAAAGUUUACGAUGUGACACACUUUCACAAGAAUCAUCCCGGGGGAUCUGCGAUAAUUGUAGCUAAUGCUGGGAAGGAUGUCAGCGAGCUGUUCCGUCCAAUACACCCUCCUAAGACGCUGGAGACCAAUUUGGUUGAGGACCAAUUCAUGGGGUUCAUCGAUCCUAAGGAGGCUGCUAAGUCGCGAGAGAAUCUGGCUAAGGAGGUCGAUCGGAUACAAACUGCUAGGGACGCCCUGAUGCCGGUGGAAAGGGUUCUGUCGUUGGACGAAAUGCAGGCAGCAGCAGAAUCGAUUCUCAGCGAUCGAUCUCGAGACUACUACGCUGCGGGAGCGCUGGACAGCUAUACGCGAGAAGCAAACCGAACCGCCUUUCACAAGUGUCGUCUCCUACCUCGCGUGAUGCGAGACGUAUCAAGUGUAUCUCCACAAACAACUAUCUUUGGGCAACCCUCCGCGCUGCCCAUUUACAUCUCACCCGCUUCGAACGCUCUGCUUGGACAUCCGGAAGGAGAACUGAAUCUGACCCGAGGAGCGGCUCGGACUGGCCUCGUCCAAGGGAUAUCAGCCGCGUCUUCCUUCUCGCUCACCGAUAUCUUGGACGAACGCGAUAGGCUGAAAGAAGACGAGUCACCGUAUGAUUUGGCACUGGCAUAUCAAGUGUACGUGCAAACUGAAAGGUCACGGACAGAGGUCUUGGUGAAAGAGGCAGUUGAGCGAGGAGUUCAAGCGCUGCUUCUUACAGCCGACACAAAUGUUCUUGGCUGCCGCGAGACGACAGAUCGGAUCAAAGGCGUGACUGGGAACGUGUCGCCCGGUGCAAGAAUGGGACCUUUCACAGAAUACCCAGCUUAUCACGAUGCGAAGCAAUGCUGGGCCGACUUGCCAUGGCUGAAAAGGCUCGCCGGCGAUAUCCCAAUAUACCUUAAAGGAGUUUGCACUAUUGAGGAUGUUCGUCUAGCCAGAGACCAUGGACUCGCAGGAUGUAUCCUCUCGAAUCACGGGGGACGGCAACUUGAUCAAGCCAGGACUGCAUUCGACAGUCUUAGAGCAAUACAUGAUGAGGAUCCUGAGCUGCUCAAACAAAUAGACAUCUACAUCGAUGGCGGGAUAAGACGUGGGACCGACGUCUUGCUGGCUUUGGCAUAUGGUGCCAAAGGCGUUGGACUUGGAAGACCAUUCCUGUGGGCCCAGACUGCAUACGGUGAGCAAGGUGUGAUCCGGGCAGUAAGAAUCAUGGAGAGCGAAAUUGUUAUGGCUAUGAGACUAUUGGGCAUUACCAGGAUUGAUCAGAUCAAUGCCAGCAUGGCUGAGUGUAUUCAGGAGGUCUGGCGAUAA